GCGCAACCGUACAACAAAAUAUUCUGUACUUAAAGGCCAUAGGCAGACAGAUGUUGACAAAGAAGGCUCUUAUCAAGCCGUAUUCAGAUAGAUUUUUGCUAACUGCAAAUAUAAAUAGGAGCAGAGGGCCAGUCACCUCUGCAACCAGCAGAAGAAGCCGCAGCUUCAGACGCAGUCAGAGGAACAGCAGAGGGGAGAAGGAGCCGCCGAUUCGCGCUGCGACCAGCCGUUUUUCACAGAUUCUGGCCGCAGGAAGGCUCCCCGCUUCCUUUCCUUCUCCCACCUUCCUACUUUCCCUUCAUCUCUUGUUUCUUUCUCCUGGCGGACUUAACUUUGCCCGCAUCCUCCCACUCCUUGGCUCUUCCUUUUCCCUUUCCUCUCUUUUACAUCCCUUGUUUUCACUCCCGUCCCGGUGUCAAGCUUCCUUCUAGUUCUGCGUGUCCAACAAACUUUUAAACCCAACACUGGUCACAGCAAACAAGUCCUCCAGCUUCUCCUGCUGCUUCGGCGCAUCCCUGCGGCUUCCCCUCCGACACGAACGCCAGAAGGUGAUGCUUCUCGGGCUGUGACUCCAGCGCGGAAACUUGAAGGAGCCCUUUGCCUGCUGUCCUACUUGGCAACAAAUCCUCUCCUGCCCGCGAAUGGCCAUGUGUAGCGGCGCGAGGCUGGCCCUGCUGGUCUACGGGAUAAUAAUGCACAGCAGCGUUUACUGCUCACCUGCCGCUGCCGGACUCCGGUUCCCUGGGAUCAGGCCUGAGGACGAAGCGUACGACGAGGACGGAAACCCACUGCCUGAUUUCUACGACUCGGACCCUCCGGACGCGGGGAGCCCCGCCUCCGUGCCGCGCGACGUCUACGCGCUGUACUACCCGCAGGAGAAGAGAGAUCUCGCCCAUGAGAUACUUCACAAGGCCUACCGUAAGGUGCUGGAUCAGUUGUCUACCAGGAAAUACCUGCAGACGGUCACGGCCCAGGGCGCGGGGGGAAGCCUGGGCGGCGGCGCCGAGGACUGGGAGCCGCUGUCCAAGCGCCACUCGGAUGGAAUCUUCACGGACAGCUACAGCCGCUACCGGAAACAAAUGGCUGUCAAGAAAUACUUGGCGGCCGUCCUAGGGAAAAGGUAUAAACAGAGGGUUAAAAACAAAGGACGCCGAAUAGCCUUUUUGUAGCGACGAGUUCUCAGCUACUCUGUGUAUACAAGCCCUGGCACACUCUGAAAAGUCCUUUUCCCAGUUGACUGAAGUCAUCGCUCAUGUGUUCUAUCCAAACAUGUAUUUAUGUAUGAAGUAAAGCCAUUAAAUGAAUAUUUUGAUAAUAAUAUUGUUUUUCUUUUUACAAAGCACUAGAGAAUGCACAGAUAUACUUUGUGGAACCAAUUAUUGAUAUAUAUUAUAUAUAUUCAGAAUAUAUAUAAGUAUAAUAGAGAGCAAUUCAUACAAAAGUGUGCACAAGGAUUGAAAAUUCGCCUGAGCUGUUUAUGUUUUUAUACAAAAAAGAAAAAUAGACAAUCAUUGUUUUAAAUAUUACUCCUAUUUUUGUAAACUGGAAUUAAAAGGACAGUAUUUUUAUCCACGGCAGGCCUGAAGAUAUUAAUAUUGACCAUUUGCUACUGUACAUAAACAAUGCUGGCCUGCUCCAGGGAGAAUUGGAGGUCAGGGCUUGGGAGAUUGGCUGAAGGGCAUUCUUGUUCUUCCCGUUUGUUCCUGGAGCAGGCUCCUUCAAUUCCAGCCAACUGAACUGGCCACGGCUCCCCUUGCUGGGUGGCAAUUCCAAUACUCCUGCUUUCUUUGAUUUUACUUUUAUGUGUAUUUGUCUUUCUUUCGACUCUCAGCCCAGAAGGCAAUUCUCCUGAUACAAUACAGCUCGAUCCAAAUUGUGCUUCACCCUGGAAUCCACAGACUAUUCCCUGGGGGCAGAGGUGGAGGGUUGUACAGAGAAGGGAGCCUCCCGAAGGAAGCUCCCUUUUCUGUACAUCCAGGGAAUCCAAUAUCCAAAGUUUAGGGCAAUUUGAACAUAGUGAAGGACACUGUAGGUAAGUAGGAAGAGGCAGAGCAUCAGGCAGUAGGAGGAGGACCCUGAAGAGGGAAGGGAUUGGAACUGCCCCAGGCCUGGGAUGCUGGGAGCAGUGUGUACCUCUGAGGGUCCUCUGCUGUGGGCGCUGGGUUUGGAAAUGGAUGCAAAGUACGAUGUGUUUUUCUCCAGUGCUGUCCAUGCUUCUCAUCUUGUGAAAUGGCCAGGAUUCUCCCCUUUGAACCUUGCUCUGUAGGAGCUAUCCCUUUCCUUUGUGAUAUUCUGAAGACCCCUAUUUUCCCCCUUCUAGCACUGUUUGAGUACCAGUUUUUCCAACUUCUCUUAACCGUGUGAAUGCUACUUUUUCUGUUGUUUAAUGUAAGCACUUACUGUAAAGUUUAGGAACACCUGUGUAGUUACCACUAAGUAUGCACUAAAUAUGAGCCUUUGUUUCUUGUUUAUUGAGUUUGUAGGUAAAAUGUAUUUUUCUACAUUAUGGCUUAUUGCUUAGUAAAACUUGUUUCAUAAAACCAA